GUGAAUGCAAAAGUAAUAAUAUUAUCAAUGUUGGGUUUGUUGACCCAGAUAAAAUACAUGUUAAAACGGUGAAGCAUAAAAGCGAAGAAACGGGGGGAAACCUACUAAGGUUUUUGGGGGAGCAAUAUUUCUGUGAUUCAAUAUUGUUUCCUUACAACUACGAGUGAGAGUCUUAAUGAUCUUUUAUGCACAUUCAAUUUUUCUUACUCGAUGUUAAGUGUAAUUCCUGACGUAUAUGCAUAACAUGUGCAGCUUCCACUGGAUUCUACUAGACAUUCAACCUGAUAAGGGAAUAGUUGAAGUAAAAGACCCACUGAGUAGAGGCGUGGACGGUUUCCAGGACUUGCAGAAGUUGCUCCAAGUGGCUUGGCAAGCUUUGAAGAAUCUUCAUAAGGAGAUUACCUUUGCAAAGAAGCUAACAUUUACUCCUGUACCGUGCCCCCAGCAGCCACAAGGGACGAAUCUAUGUGGAUACUACGUUUGCGAGUCCAUUCGCAUGUUAACCACUGAGAAGCAGAACAACAAUAAAUUCAACGUCGACUACAUGCGGGACAGACUCCAACCAAAGGAACACGCACUAGGAAUCGUGGAGGAACUGGCGGGACUUUUGGUUAAAGAAGUAAUAAACAACAAAGGCUUGUUUAGUCCAAAUAGAUGCUCUACCUCCAAAUAGACGGUCGUUAGUACCGCUUGUCGAUCGUGAGCUCCAUGUAUAUAUGUAGGGAAUCUACGAAUAUGUGUAAGGGGAAUCGACUUUUGCUUCCAAUAUUUGUUU